AUGGCACAAUUACAGGGGGAGGAUAUCUUGGAGUGGUGUGAAAAGAAAGGAGUUCCCCCUCUACACUGUUUAGCAUUAGCGGGUGAUCUUAAUGACGCAAAGAGUGCAGAGAUUGAAUCAGCAGUUGGGAAGCUAUUUGGAGUCAAAGAACCACGUGUCAUAGAUGUUAAGGAAGGAGAACUGGGAACAGUUAGUGCAGUUCUAAUAGCUACCAAGGAACCCUUGGAAAGAGGUAUGAUCCCUUCCAUGAUCCCUGCCCUUGAUAUUGAAGGGGAAAGAUGGAAUAUUUUAUGGCCUAAAGGAAAAGAGGAGAGGGGUAUAAGAGCUUCAGGUGAAUCUGCUAGUAGUCAUAAAGCCUCUAGUAAUGGAAAGGAUGAUCAGAGUACAAGGAAAGACAGCCAAAACUCCCAAUCUAAAACAGAUCAAGGACAGAAUGAUACCAUCUUGACUGUUAUGAAAUCUGUAGUGGAUGAAUUCGGAAGGAUCCAUUAUGAAGGGGGUUAUAGGCGUCUAAGAAGCUUUUCUGGGAUACUUCCAGUACCAGCAGGAGAAGAUAAUUAUGAGGAAUGGAGGGAAACAGUACAUCAACUAUCAGAAGAAUGGCAUUGUGCUGAUGCGGUAAAGAAACAGCGAUUAGUGGAGAGCCUAAGAGGACCUGCCAGGGAAGUGAUAAAUGCCACCAGGAGAGAUGACCCUACCACAAGUUUCCGAGACUACUUAGCAGCUUUGGACCUGGAGUUUGAAACAAUGGAGAAUGUAGAUGAUAUGAAGUACCGUCUAAUACACACUUAUCAAAAUGUUGGUGAAAAGUUGACUUCCUACAUUUACCGCAUUGAUAGGUUGAUCCAUCGAAUAGUGGACAGGGGAGGUAUGACGAUCGAGGAGGUUAAUGAAAAGAGGCUGCAGCAGUUGAUAGAAGGGGCUCUUACUACCGAUCCUAUAGCUCAACGCUUGCGAUAUACCACAGGUAGUAGACAGCUUCCAUCAUUCAUGAAACUGAUGCGGGAAGUUAAACAGGAGGAAGCUUUAGUAGAGGCACGAGAUAAAAGUAUAAAGAAGGUUAAGGUAGCUGCAUCUAUAAUUGAAGAGGCUACUAGUCCAAUUGAGAAUUUGACUAAAAUGGUGGAGGGAUUACGAAGAGAGGUAGGAAAAUUAACACUUCAGUUGAAUGAAGAGGUAAAGAAGAGAGAAGCUACUAGAAAUCUUGACAGGGCUCCACUUAUAGGUGAUACUAGGAGAGGAAGAAAUGUCCGACAGCAGAGGUGUUUUCGCUGUGGAAGAUUAGGGCACAGAGCUUUUGAAUGUGAGCAGAGGUGGAACGAUGAAGAGGAAAGCUCAUUCUCUCAUAAUGGACGAGUGUAUCAGAAGAUUGAGGAGGAAAAACAGAUUGAGUCUCGCAAAAGAACUUUAAAUGACUUUGAGGUAUGUUUUCAGAGUAGUGAUAUCUCAGAUGAUUGCAGAGUGGAGUUGGUGACGGAUCUCAUAAAACGCAGUGCAGUGUUUUCACAGCAUGAGUGGGAUUUGGGACUUGCCACUGAUGUAUCCCAUCGUAUUAGGCUUACAGAUGAGACCCCAUUCAGGGAAAGGUCUCGUAGAUUAGCCCCAGCUGAUCUAGAAGACGUAAGGCAGCAUUUAAAGAAACUAUUAGAUAGCUGUCACAACUGA